GACGCGCGGGCGCAGCGGCGCGCGGCUGCUCCCGGUGUAACCGGCUUGUAAAGGACCUCGGGACCGUCUGACCCUGCCGGGUUCGAGGAACCAUGGGGGGCUCGAACUCCUGCUGUUUGUCUUCCAGCCCCAAGCUGCGCAGGAACGGCCACUCCAGACUGGAGUCGUACCGGCAGGAGUCCGAGCUGAGCCGGGAGGAGACGGCGUGCAGCCUGCAGCACAUCAGCGACCGGGAGAACACCGACGAGAUAAAGAUGGAAUACAAUCCAGCGGACCAUCCGAGGGCCAGCACCAUCUUCCUGAGCAAGUCACAGAACGAUGAGUUGCUCAGCAGGAAUGUUCGAGAAAAGCGAAAGAGCCUUUUUAUCAAUAACCGUGGAACAACUAGGCGGAAAUACAGCUCGUGUUCCACCAUCUUCCUGGAUGAGAACACCGUCAGCCGCCCAAACCUCAAAUACACCAUCAAAUGUGUAGCGCUGGCGAUUUACUACCAUAUCAAAAACAGGGACACGGCCGGAGGAACGCUGCUCGAUAUAUUUGACGAGAGGCUUCACCCGCUGUCGAAAUCUGAGGUGCCGAUGGACUACGACCAACAGAACCCGGAGCAGAAGCAGAUCUAUCGGUUCGUCAGGACACUGUUCAGUGCCGCUCAGCUCACCGCCGAGUGCGCCAUCGUCACUCUGGUUUACCUGGAGCGGCUCCUGACCUAUGCCGAGAUCGACAUCCGUCCGGGUAACUGGAAAAGGAUUGUUUUGGGUGCCAUCGUGUUGGCGUCCAAGGUGUGGGACGACCAGGCUGUCUGGAACGUCGACUACUGCCAGAUCCUCAGGGACGUCACUGUGGAGGACAUGAACGAGUUGGAGCGCCAGUUUCUGGAGCUGCUGCAGUUCAACAUCAACGUGCCGUCGAGCGUCUACACCAAGUACUACUUUGACCUUCGAUCGCUUUCCGAAUCCAACAACCUCAGUUUCCCGCUGGAGCUGCUCAGCAGGGACAAGGCCCAAAAACUGGAGGCCGUCUCUAGGCUCUGUGAUGACAAGUACAAAGACGCGUGCCGCGCUGCCAGAAAGCGCUCAGCCAGCAUGGACAACCUGUGUGGAGUCAGAUGGGUUCCGGCAAUCCUCUCCUGAGGACCAAAGACCUGCCAUGUUGUCUGAACUGGCACCAGACUCCAGAUCACAGCUGGAUGAGAAGAUGGAACCGGCCGCAUGAAACACACCAGUGAUGGUCCAAGAGGUUCAGCGUGGAUGAUCCCAAGAGGUGAAACCCUCUGGACAAGUAAACCUUCCGUCACAUGGGUAGUUUUUUGGGUGGUGAGGUGACCUCCAGAGGAGUUUUGAACUUCACCUGCUGAUACCUUCACAGUGCCUCACGUCUUCUGUCCCUGCAAACACGAAACUGCUGGUUUUAAUAUCUACUCUGGAGAAAAAUAAGUGAAGACUUAUUGUGAACAUGAGAUGUGUCUCCAUUCAGGAACUGGACCCUCAGAAGGACUUGGUCCAUAAAGUUCUGUCCUCUGGUGGACCUAAAAGUUCCACUCAGCCAGAAUCUUUCCAUAAAAUGAGUCUUCAGAGUCCAGAGUUAAUGGUGCAUUCAGGUGCUCCUUGGCAAAAGGUGGUUGACCUCAGAUGUCCAACAGUUUUUAUUUUAAUGUUAAACUCUGACAUGUUUCAUGGUUCCUGACCUUCACAGUUCAAUAAGAGUGGAUUCAUUUGGCAUCGAAC